UUCUUCUAGUUUUUAGUGCAGUUCUGUUUAUGUUGCAUCCAGUCAUCAAGCUGACAUUUUCUGCAAAAAGCGAAAAGAGACGAAUUGUCUUAAUAUAUUGCUAUGAUAUGAUCUUAUGAGACUUUUGGUGUAAUUGAAACGCACAAAACAGCCUUAUUCCAGUAAAAUACAAGUGAGUUAUUUAAACUUUGUAUAAAAAUGAACUUGAUCCUAACAAAAUCUGUGAAACCUAUAGGCUUUUUAUUCCUUUAUAACUCAAAAUUCUAUAGGAAUGGUUUAAUCCAAAUUAACAGAUAUGCAGUUAAUUAAUCAGGAUAUCGAAAAUGGAAUGACUAUAGAAACUGCUGCCAAAAAGCAUACAAUUGCCAAAACAACCUUGUGGAGGCACUAUAAAAGACACCAAAUGUCUAACCAACAGCAACAACAACAACAACAACAAAAUUGUGUUUACGUUAAAAGCCUUGUAAGCAACAGUAACCAAAACAAACAAAUAUUUACUGAUGAGGAGGAAAUCUUUCUGGCGGAAUAUAUCAAAACAUUAGCAAAAUUACAAUAUGAACUGGAUGGAAAUGAUAUACGAAAAUUUGUGUUUCUUAUUGCACAGAAAAAUAAUAAAAUAAUGCCUAAAACUUGGUUAGAACAUGAAUUGGCGGAUACGGAAUGGUUGAGAGACUUCGUUAAACGACACCCCACUACACCAACUUUGGUAAAAACAAAUGACAAAAUAAUGUCUUUAUCUACUACAACUAAUUAUCAACCAAAAAUGGAUUUUAAUGUUAUACCUAAUAAUUUAAACGACUCUAUAUCUCUAUAUCUUUUUACGCAAAUUUAUCAUCUAAUGAAAGUGACAAAUGCUGUUACAGAAAAAACUGCAAACGAAAAUAAGUAGUUAAUCUAGAGGAAGAAAAGUCCAUUUUAUGGAGGAGUUGGAACAAAAUACCAGAAAGUCUUUAGGAAUUAGACAAGCGUUUAGAAAAACUUCAGUUUCGCCAGAGACAAGUACAAAAUUUAAACUGCCCGAGGCUAAAUCAGUUACUACUAGUAGUCAGUCAUCAGAAAUGUACAUUUUUGAAAAGAAAAUAAAGUAUCUGCAUAUAAAAAAUAUUGUAAAAAAGAAAUCUUAAAAUGUAAUAGAAAGGAGUAGUGUAAACAUU